GCGUUUUUAAGAUAUUAUUUGUUUAGCGUUGGUAUUAAAUGCACGCGCGAGUGCUGACGUGUAGUUCAUCACGUCAUACUCGCGGGCGUCGUGUUCCGAUUAGGUACACACGUUCUUAACAUCAAAUGCAUAGUUUCAUAAACCAUAUUAUUGUCGAUGCGGCGGGUGUGAAGUGAUUCGGACUUUUCGCUCGUAUAAUAAUGUAUUACCUAGUGUCUAAGAACAUUAGCUUGGCAGAGCGGAAGCCGUGAUGUUUUUCUGUCAACGUGUGGAUCGCGGGAUACGAAACGGUCGAAAGCGUUCGUCUAGGUUAUGCCAGCAUGCGGUAACCAAGCGGUUAACUAACACGGGAUGGCGACAUGCCUCAAAGACGUAUUCAUUGAAGUUCCAAUAGCCAUUAGAGAAGGUAAUACUGCUAUACUCCGAUGUGAUUAUGACUUAGAACAAGAAGCUUUGUACACGGUCAAAUGGUACAAAGGCCGACAGGAAUUUUUUCGUUAUGUGCCUAAAGAAUUACCGCACACAAGAGUGUUCCCCUUAGCCACCAUAAAUGUAGACGUCAGCGAAUCAGGACCAAACCAAGUGGUACUGAGACAAGUGACGCCUGAAUUAGAUGGCAAGUACAGAUGUGAAGUUAGUGCAGAUGCGCCAACAUUUCACACACAAAUUGUAGCUGCUUGGAUGCACGUUGUCCGAACAAUGGACGGCAAACCAGAGUUAUAUCUUGAAAAGCCUCAGUACUCUCUCGGUGAGAAGUUGAGAGCAAAUUGUUCAUCACCACCCUCAAAUCCACCUGCAAAUAUCACUUGGUUCAUAAAUGAUAAAGAGUUGGGAAAUGGCCGCAUAAUCAGAAUACCAUCAGUUAGGCCAUCUGGUCAAUUAUUUAAGACUGUCUCGUCAAUUGAAUAUGACGUUUUAAUUGCUGGUAAGCUGAAGGUGAAAUGCCAAAGCGAUAUAUACCACGUGAUCGGAUCAGAAACUGAAGUAAUGCUGGAUGAAGAUAAACCAAGACUUGCGUCUAUUCUACAACCACAUGAUCAUUCGGCAGGAUUAACAUUAUCUCCUUCGUUCCGUAUAAUCGUAUUGAUUAUAUUUGCGGUUAUAAGGUAACGAGUCCAACGUAAAAUGGGGAAAAUGUUCCAUUCGUUCCAUGUAAAAAUAUAGUGUAAAUUAUUAUAACACAUCGAUAAAGUAUAAAAUGUCGGUCAUAAAAAUUCUCUAAUAUUUUAAUGGGUUAUUUCACUAAAAAUGUUUGAUAAACAGUGAAACAAAAUUUCUGCCAUGUAUAACUCAAUUUGUUUAACUACCUUUAUACAAAAAAAAAAAUUCAUUAUUAUUAAAAUCUUAUCGAUUAAAUUGCAUAUUUAAUGUAAAAUAUCUAAAAUGUGUAUAUGAAUAUUUCAACUUGAAAUGGUUUUAACUAUUAGUUGGUUUAGCCACAAAAUAAAAUAAAAAUAUACAAGCAAUAUUUUCAACUGUUUGUGCAGUAUACAUAAUGUUUAUUAGGUAACAACGAUUAUUGACAAUUUUUUUUCAAAAUUGUGACCAUUUUAUUAUAUUAGAUUUGAAAUAGGUAUACCUAUAUAAGAUUUGUGUUCAUUGUGUACCAAAAUAAAUGUUUUAUAACAUAUAUCUGCUGAUAUUUUAUCUUCUAAAAAUAUCUUUAAAUGUUAAAACAAACACUAUACAUACCUACCUAAACAUAGUUGUACUCUAUCUUUAUAAUGUACAUAAUAUUUAAAAUAAUUUAAAACCGACAUUGUAUUACUAUUCA